GAUCCUCUAUAUUGAUUAGGAAGUGAAUGUAGAAAGCAUGUUCUUGAAGUUGGUGGUGGUAUGGGUAUCAAGGGUAAUUUUCAGCGACAACGUUAAUGAUAUGAUGGUCAGAAUAUGGCAGAUGGAAUAUAAUCCUAAAAAUGUGAAGUGAUACCUUUAGCAACACUAAUAAAUCAAGAGCAUACUAAUGUGUGUGAGGAAUGAAGGGUGUAUUGAGGAACAGGAAACUUGCCCAAGGCUCCUGAGGCAACAAUACAGGUCUCAUUUCAUAGACCCCCACCCUCUGUGUGGAAUAGAUUUGUGAUAUUUAUCAUCUGAUAAAUAUGAAUGAAUGGAAGGAAAACAAACCUUUAGAUUGGGAGAAAUAUCUGAACAAAGAAGUGAAAGUAACAGCAGAUGAAAAAAACACAUACCAGGGUUGGGUCUUCACUGUUGAUCCUGUUUCAGGAAGCAUUGUUCUGGUGAACUUUGUGGCCGCUGGGAAGGUGUCUGUUGUGACUGUUAUGGGCCACGCGAUCCAAGCGGUGGAACUGAUCAACGAGGGAGAGACCAACACCACGGAGAAACUGUCCUCCCUGUUCAUGCCGGCGCCCUCUAGAACUUACAGCAGCGAGGAGCUCCAACACCGGAAAUGCCGCCUGAAGUCUUGGCUGGAGAAGAAUCUGAUUCCUGUCAGGGAGCAGGGGGAGGAGAGCCACCUGCUGUGUGUAGCUGGCGUGCUGACCGUUUCCCCACCCUACAACGCUGAGGACUGCAACAGCUCCAACGAAAUAAUCUUAUCCAGAGUUCAAAGCCUCAUCAACUGCAACCCAGAAGCUGCUCACAAAAAUGAAUGACGAGGGAUUGAUCUCUGGUAAAACGUCUGAAUUCCAUCUUGGCAGUUGGAAAGUUCAAGAAAUUCAGCAUUGGUAAUCUCCGGGCUGGAGCUCAAGGGAAAGGAGGGAUUGUAAAUUGUUGUAAAAAUGCAGCUGGUUCACUGCUGCCCUGCACAGGAGGUGAUCAGUCACCCUCAGCGCUUGGCCCUGCACCAGUUCCACACUCACCCACGUGGCUGGCUGCUAACUGCCCUCUCCAUUCAGAGACAGGCACAGGCACACGACCGAUGCCAGCGUGGCUCGUGACAACUCACAUCCCAUGGACAAAUAGACAAUAAAAGUUUCCAAACACCGA